AUGCAAGGCUAUUCAUUCGCGCCCCCCGCGGGACCUCCUCGGGAUGGACAGAAAAACUACGUCUUUGUGGACGAGCACAAUCGUCAUAAGCGCUUAAAAGUGAUGCGGGCCUGCAAUGGUUGCCGCAAAAGGAAAAUCAAGUGCGACGCGGCCACGACCAACACCUGGCCAUGCUCGGCAUGCACUCGCCUCAAAUUAGUCUGCGUUCCUCCUACGAUCGGCCAGGAUGGAGAGUUCAUCAACGAGGGGAUCGACUCGACCCAAGAGGCAAAUGUCUCGUCCGCGGCCUCCGAAACCUCCCAGCACAGCUUCCCCGUACCUCCGUCUUAUAAUCACCACACGAGCCAACCCUCGCUUGGCAGCAUGACCUCAUACGACGGCAUGAACAUGUAUUCCUCCUAUGUACCGCCGCCCUCCUCUCACUCCGGUGGGCUAUAUAAUGAAAUGCGGCAGAGCCCCAUGGUGAUGCCGCAUCAAUCCUAUUCACAGCAGCCGCAGGUUUAUUCGGCCCCUCCUCCACAGACGCACGUGACGACCCCCGAACGUGCGGUCUAUUCCGACAAUGAUCAGUCUACGGCGGAUAAUCUCAGUGAAGUCUUGGGCGAGCUCAAGAUUGACGAGACGGGAAUUGCACCAUAUAUUCGAAGGCAAAGGAAAGAUCGCGCAGAACCGGAUGCACCCAUUCAAGAUGAAGUGGAAGAACGACUGCCCCCGCUCAGCACGGGAGCAGGCGCCACCAUUCGCAUUCCUCCCGAGCUGAUGCCCGACGAGGAAGCCGUGAUGACUUACUUUAAGAUCUACUUUGACGACAUUCACCCUUAUGUUCCCGUGAUUCCCCGCGCCCACCUGUAUUACCAAUGGCAAAAUGACCGCAGUUCGAUCUCCCCACUCCUCCUGGAAGCCCUGUUUGCGUGCGCUGGCCGUCUAUCAGAUGAGCCUUCGGAGGGGGCUCAAUGGCUCGCCAUGGCGAACCGGCACGAAUCGAGUUUUAUGGACGUUCCUCGGCUCAGCACGAUACAGGCCCUACUGCUCCUGCUCAAGGCGAGAGAGUCACUGCCUAAAAAGGGCUAUUACUACCGUUCAUGGCAGACUGUCAAAACCAUUGUGUCUAUGGCUAAGGACCUAGACAUUCAUGAACAUUAUAGCAACCACAGCGAAGGGCGGCCGUGUGACCUGAGUCCGAUUGAAUGCUUGGUGAGCACGCGGGUCUGGCAGGCACUUUUGGUCGUGGAAGUGAUGAUUGGAGCUCCUCAAGGGCGCUCGGAUUACGGCGUAGACCCCGAGACGGUUGAUAUGCGACCGACUCUGGACAUUCGUGGACUGGAUCAUUACGAAACAGAACGAUCUCGGCAGUUUGCUUACUUUGUUCGCAACGCCAACCAUAUCCGUAUGAUGACCGAUACCUAUCAUAAAAUCAAGAAGCAAAAGGACUGGGGAGCGGAUCCUCGUUUCGUCCAGAAGAAUCCGCUCUUUGCCGACUGGCUUCGCACCUUGCCAUCGGAUCUGCAAGUGAAUUACCCAGAAGAUGGGGCGCCGCCGUGGCUUCCAUCGCAUUUUGUCGGUAAUAUGCACUCCCACUGUCACCUGGCCAUCAUUCUGCUACAUCGUCCGCAACUCGUCGCCUCUCAGUCAUUCACUGACGGUGAAUGGAAAAUUCAUUUCUCCCUGUGCUACUCGUCUGCGAAGAACAUUUGUCGCUUGCAAGAGGCCAUCCUGGAGCGGUUCGGACUUUCUGGCCUGUUGUAUAUGCAGCGGGGUAUCAAUUUUGCGAUUUAUUGUAUCCUAACCUGCACCAUGCUCCAUCUGAUCGCCAUCACCUCUCCGGAUCCUCAGUUCAACUCGGAUGCCCGAGAAUACUUCACACGCCACAUGCGGAUUCUCGAGCGAUGCUCUACAGCCUGGCCCAUGCCGGAAAUCCAAGCGCAGAUUGACUCUCUCAGAUUGGCCUUUUCCGCGGACACCCACCGUCCCUUUGAGCUGAAGCCCAGUUUCCCCUAUGGCAGUCCUUCCGAACCUUACCAGCCGAGCCCCCAGAUGGACGCACACUAUCACCCACAACUUAGCCAAAUGUCCAGUAAUGUCUCAUCCAGAGUGGGUUUCCACACACAUCCAAUCACUCCUCCGAUUUCCGCCGGUGCUGAAUCAGACGCAAAGUCGGAUACCUCUUCCCAGUUACAGUCCCUUGGAAUGGUGCCCCAUCAACCUUCUACGACCCAUGCCCUUGAAUCUCCGUUGGUGGAUGAGAACAGUUGGGAUCCCACUCGCAUUAUCAAUCAAUGGGAUAUGGCCUUCUCUGUCAACCCAUCCACCGUCAGCGCCAACUCUCCUCCCCUGCCCAUGAGCAACCCCACCCAGCCAAUGUCCAACAUGGUUCAUCACUCACAUUACCCCGUUCAAUACGACUCGGCACCCAAGGUCGCCCCUCCGCAAACCCAAUCCGUCUCACCGCCCCAAUUCCAUGCACCCCCCGUGGUUUUCAGCGCGCGGGAUUGGCAACAAAGUGUGGCGAGCGUCUACGAUCCUCAGGGAAUGAAGCGACGAUGGAAUUAUGCUAACGACAUGGGUGAUUCGAUGAUCAAGCGACAACGUUGA